AACCGAUAGUUUUGUCAUUGGUCAUGAUGUAUAAAAAAAAACUACAUCAAUGUUUUCCCGCCAUUUUUAAAUGAUGGAAGAUCGAUAGAGCGACGACAGUGCAUGUGGUGGUAUUUACAAAAUGGCUGCAGCGUUCCAAAUUUUACAUAUGAAACCCCACUUUGGUAGAGAAAGAGUAUUUCGAGACCACACAAACCCUAGAUUUGUAUACUGAUGGAGAGAUGAUAAAGUGCUAACGAUUUCCAAGGGCCACAGAGUUGGAACUCAUUGACCGCUUUUCACCCAUAAUAGAGAGACUUAUAGACAGUCGAUGUCAAUUUCUACCAGCAUGCAGGUAUCUAGAACUAAUUGGUAGAGAUUUAAUUAGUUGUUAGACCACCUGUAAUCCAUCCUUCGUAAUUAAGGAGGCCAAAAUGGGGGGCUGUUUUGGUUUAUUAAAUAGAAGUUUCUAUACAUUACCUGGAAGAUACAAGUUUUUCUUGGACUUUACAAGACUUGAAUAUGAUAUUUAGUUUGGCCCUUUGUCAGUAGAGAAGAAUUAUGAAAGGAAAACAAAGUCAAGAUUACUGAUCUACAAAGAAUUACAAAUAGAUAUAUGUUUUUAUAAAGAUGUAGUGACAGAAACAAAAUAGAAAUGGUUUAUAAAGGAGUGUUGAGUGUCUGUACCAUUGGAAUGACCAUGUAUGAAUGAAUCCAUGUCUGAAUCAACUGAGUCCAACAAUGAAAGGUCAAAUGUAGACCCAUGUGGCUGUCUUUAAAUGGCAGCGAAGAAACCUCCAAAUGAAGAAAAUCGUGAACGCUUGUAUGUCAGUGUUGAGCAGACGGAAAGAAAGGUCAUUCCUUCGGUUCAGCUGGAAAGACGAGAAAUCAAGAUGACCUUUUCACCCUUUGACCAGUCUCUGUCAUCUGCUGUGACAGACACUGAUCAACGGAAAGAUUCAGAUGCUGAGAGAAUUGUGGGUAAAGAAUAUCCAAAGGCACUUGGUGCAGAAGGUAGCGUUGUUGUUUCCAAGGUCAUAGACAUUCAGGGACAUGGCAAGGAAAAGAAGGAAAGGUCAGAUGAUCAAAGUGAUCAAGAAAGUAAGUCAAGAUUUCCAUUUAAAAUUGAAGAUGGUCAGCAUGAAAAUGUUCUGGAAUUUUUUGAAGAGCAAGGAAAGACAUUUCAAGAGCAAGCUAAAUCAUUGGUACCAAAAGUACGAAAGGACCGUUCCACUAGUCCAAGUCAUUUACGUCAGAGUGUUGGAUUAGAUCAUUUAGAUAAUUUAGUGAAACUGAUGGAACAGUUGUCUAACCUUAAAGAUGAAAAUUCCAAAUUAAAGAAAAAAUGUGAUUAUUUGGAAAGUACAAAAACUCUUUUGCAGGCAAAGAGUGCUGUUGAAACUGAAAUUACAAUCCCAUCAGGUUAUCAUUCACUGCCAGUGAAAUCAAAACUUAAAAGAUCUCCUAAAGAAAGAUCAAGGACUUUUCGACCAAGAUGUCCAAGUGCUGAAGACAUUGAUGUAUUAGAUUCGUGUGAAUCGUUAGAAUCAUCUUCAGACACUAGUCCGAAACGUCCUAAACAUGCUCAGAUUCACAAACGUAGUUUUUCCACAGGAUCUCUUGAAAUACCAUCCGACAUUAUGGAACAAUCAGGUGAAGAUGAUAGCCAAGAAGGAAUUUAUCAUACUAAUGGGAAAAUGGAUCGGAAAAUGUCAAAGUCACCCGCAGCAAAGCGCAAGUCAAAAAUUUCUAAUUGGACCUGGAUUAAAAAAGUGUUAUCGACUAAAAAGCUUCCAGAAGAUAUUGGAUUUAGUUUUAAAUCUCUUGGAAAAAUUGGAGGGAAUGUUCGUGCAGGAAGUACCAAAGAACUGUCAGUUCCUGUGACCAGCAUAGAAAAUCGUUCUGUCGAUAGUGGUGUUGGAAGUGGUGUAGAGGCGGAUACUGGUGAAGGACAACGCAAAUCCACAGGUGAGGUCACUUUAUCUAAUGCUCAACAGGGGGGUGAAUCAGGGAGUUCUCCUACAAGUAAAUUAAAUUUUGCCGAUCUAGACUCAGAAAUUUGGAUGGGACCCCCAGAAUGGCUUGAGGAACACGAAGACGAAAUGAAUCUCGUGGACCCAGUAUCAAUUAUUGAAAAUAAGGAAGUUAUAGUUUUGAAAAGUUCUGCAGGUAAAGAAGAAAACGAAGAUAAUUUGCUGCAAGUCCCCAUUCCUAGAAGAAAGUCCAGUCCAUCUCUUCUAGAACAUGAAAGCAACAGUGAAUCAGAGGAGAAAGAUCUUGCUGAAAUGGAAGAAUAUUUAAAUUUGAGAAGAUCAUCGAGUUAUAAAGGGAGAUCAUCCACAGGGGAGGUAAUUCUUGUUCCAGAAAUACCCAAAACUCCCAAAAAAUUACAUCGAUCCAAACUCAGCAAGAUGAAGUAUAUGGUGAGUAAACACAGUGUUAAAAGAAAACUUUCUAAACGCUCCAGCGCCCAUAGCGAAGCAGAUGAUUUGAAAGUGGAAGGGUAUGAUUUUGAUGACGAGGAAGGGCCUUUGGGAAGAUCAACACCAAAAACAUCCCCACUGACGCUGAGACAAAAGUCUAUAGAUUCCAAAUUGCCAUCUACAUGGAUUUCUCAUAUGGGAACAAGUAUUGAUGUCUUGUCGUUGAUGGGUGGCAUGUCUGAUGAAUUCUCAAAGAAAAUGCAACAAUGGGAAGAUUUACAGACUAAACGAUCACCAUCAGCAGUCUUGAAAGCGGAUUCCAGUGAUGUUAGUGAUGGAGUGUUUUCAUCUGAUAGUUUUGGACCCGUUUCUCCUGAAUUUCAAAAAAAGAUGGAUGAUUGGGAAAGAUCCAAAAGCAUUAAAUCCACCUCAUCCAAGAAAUUGUUUCUGGAAGAAAAAUCGGAAACUGAUCUCCCUGUGUCACGUGAUGUGUCGCCUGAUGGGACCUCAACUCCACUUGAGAUCUCAUUACAAUCAAUCAACGUAGAUGACAUGCAAAAAAAGUUGACGGAUAGUUUUUCCCGAAAAAUGGAAGAAUGGGAAAGGCGGAAAUAUCGGAAGGAUGGUACCAGUCCAACACUUGAUCGUAAAGAUAGUGGAGGAAGACUGAUAAAAAAAGAAGAUCGCCAAAAAUCCAGGAAGACCAAAGUUGAGAAAGACAGAGAAAAACUUGGCAAAAUGAGAGGAAGAGAAAUGAGACGUGUGGAAAUAGAACAACAAAAAUUAGAAAAAGAAAAAAUGAAAAUUGAAAAAGAGCGAUUAAGAGCUUUGGAAAGGGAGGCUAGAAUAGAAAAAAUGAAAGGUCGUUUGAGUCAACCUGACAUGGAUGCCAAGGUCAAAAGCCCAAUUUUAGCUCCCCUUGCAGAAUACAAAGUGACUACUGACUUUGCUAGAAAAUUACAUGAAUGGGAAAUGCGUAAAGGUAUUUCUUCAGUCUCUAUGGCAACAUAUUAUGAAUCACAGCUUCGACAUGCAGAUUAUUUACAGCAAGCAGACUAUUCUGGACAGAAGGAUAGUGAUGAUGAACUGUCAUGGAAUGAACCUAAGAAGGUCAAAGGUCAGAAACCACCACCUUUGACCUUACAGCCUUGUAUAGAUUCCCCAGAGGAGACCUCGCCUGGUGCUAGGUCAUCAGAUGCAAGUUUUGAUGAUAAUACGUCCAUUACUAUGGAGAGUAUGACAGAAAACAAUAUUAAAAGUUUGGAGGCAGCCAAUGUAUCAUUAGUAGAAGAACUCCAUGCCAAAGAACUAGAAUAUGAAGCUCUGCAAGAAGAAGUCCAAGAUCUCAAUGAAAAAGUUAAUAGUGCUAGAGUUCAACAUUCCAAAGAAAUAGACCAAUAUAAGAAAGAAAUUCUUGCAGGUGGAACCACUGCCCAGGUGCCAAAAUUAACACAAGAAAUGAGUAGCAAACUUGCAGAGCUUGAAUCUAAAAUCCAUGAGCUCCAGAGUUUUGGUGACAACUUGGCUCAAAAAAUGGAAAGUGCUGCCAUGUGUAAAUGGCAGAGUAUAGAAGGAGAAGAAAAGGUCACAACACGUUUGGUAGAACUUUUAGAAAAAAUGAGAUUGAUGUUGUAUAAAGCUUCACAAACAGAGGAAUUAACACAGAAAUCAUCAGCACUUUAUACUUUUGAAAAGUUGUACAGCCAAGCCAUGCAGUUACAGGUUCAGUUAACAAACCUUCGUUUGAGUCAACUUGAAAGAAACAAAGAAAUAGUGUCAAUGAAGCGUCAGUUGUUGCUACAGGAAGCUAACAAUCUGCUGUUACAAGCAGAUAUUGCUAGGCGUGAGACGGAACUCAACUGGCAUAAACAACAUGCUAGAAAAGGUGCACCAAUCAAAAGGUGGAAUACAUAUGGAGGAAUGGAAAGCAGAGUUGUCGAAGGCCAAGAAGCUGAAUGUAUUCCACCUUACAAAAGAUUUGCCAAAGGCAGGAAAGAGCCAACCCAACCAACUAUAGAAUCAGAGGAUGUAAUGGAUACACCAGACUCAGAUGAUCAACUUAAAGAAUCUUUAGAUUUUCAAUCAGUUGAACCCCCCGAAUCUCCAAUAGAAAUCCAACAUAAAAGUUGUAUUUAUUUACCGAUGCGACAAAAGCAAAAAAGACAUAAAGCACAAUUACAUAAAGAAUUAUCUUUGGAAAUUCCGUUUAUAGAUCAAGAACAGGAAGAUGCUAUUCGUGUCCUUCCUGAUAACGCUAGGGAUAGACAAGUUAUGAAAGGAGAGAAAGGCGUGGAAAUAUCGUUGACAAUUAAAUUACCCACUGCAAACAUCAAUCUACCUCGUGAUAUUUCACAACAGGAGUUAAAUGUGCCAAGAAGUACUCGGCAGGAGGACAGUGACGAUUCUAGUAGGAGAUUUGAAUCUGAACCUAAAGUUCACAAAUCAGAAGCCAAAUUUCCAGAACUUCUUAUUCCCCGAUCUAAAUCAAAAGGAAAAUUGGAAAAAGAAAAUAGUAUGGAACUGUCUGAACUAGAGCUUCAGAUUCAUGCAGCAAACGAAAGAAGGGAUGAAACUAAAGUCAAACGUGAAAGUGAUAUAUCUGUUGGUAGCGAUAGUGUUUUUGUUGAGGGCACACCAACAGAGUAUAAAAGAAUGAUGAUUCCUGUCAGAGUUACAAAACUUUCUGAUGAUCGACCUUCACAUGAGGCUUCUCAUCAGGAAAUACAUAGGGAAACAAUUACGCUGUUACCUAAACUAACAAAACAUUCUGAUGAUCAGCCUUCCCAUGAUGCUCAUCAGGAAAUACAUAGGGAAACCAUUACAUUGUCGCCUAAAUUGUGUCAUAGAACAUUACAAAGGACAACUCCUACAUCUCCGAGGAACACUGCACCAGUUUCUGAUAAAACUUUUAAUUGGCCAAAGGUCAGAACUGUCUCAUAUACAGGACAUAGAAUCAAACCAGCUGAUGAACUUUUGGAAGAAAGUAAACGAUACAGGAAGGGUCAUUCCGCUUAUAUGAGUAGAAUCCUUCAAAAAUAUAAGACGGAUGAAUCAAGGAAAUUUUUGAUGGAAAGACAGAAAAGUCAUGAUAAGGAAAAUAUUGCUGAAGGCUAUGUCCAGGCAAUAGUGAAGCGAUUAUCUCGUGAAGGUACGCCAGAUAUACUAGUCACAGGGGAUUCUACUCCUAAACAUUAUGUCUCAUAUCGUUCAGACUCGCCCCAGGGAAGAUCAGAAUUUGUUCAACAAAUUGUGAAAAAACUAUCUUCUCCUGCCGACCAAACCCCCCAAACAAAAUCACAAUCAUCUCCAUUGAAAGAUGUCACAAAUGGAAUUCCUAAAAAAGUGAAAAAAUUAGCCGAAGCGUUUGACAGUGGUAGUGCUCGGAAUACACCAGAACGUGCUUUAUCUGAUUCAGAAUCUCCUCAUAAAUCACAUAUAGUGACUUCUAAAUCCAAAGAUAGAACUUCUCAAAGUGUAUCAUACGAUUCAUCUUCAUCCACAUCCACAUUGACUAGUAUCACCGGUGCCACAGAAAUAACUUAUCAUCCGGAAACUUCUGUUAGUUCUUCAAUAAAUUAUUCCUCCAUGCCUCUUCUGACUGUACAGGAAGAGGACCCCACUGAUCUCCAGCAAUCUUACAGGGAAAGGGCAGCAACUACUACAACUUGUGAUUCUGCUGCAGAUCAGGGGGUCAAAAGUCCAAUGGAGAAACAAGAAGUGCUUGUGACCAUUCAACCUUGGAAUAAAAGUACAUCUCAGAAAAUUUUCCAUCAUCAUGAGGGUUCACCUUCAACAUCUCAAGCAUCAAGCUCAAAACAUUCAACAGAAGUUAAACUUCAUAUCGGACAAAAACCUGGUAAAGUGAAAAAAGAGACCAUUGGGGCUCUUUGUCAACAAAGUAUGCUAUCAUUUGACCUUGGUUUGUCCUUGCAAGCCUCAGAACAAAUUCAAGGCAGAAAGGAUAGUGAGGCAGAUUCAGGCUACUCAGGAAAAAGUCCAAGACCAUUAUCCUCAGGAUCUGAAGGUGAACCUUCGUCAUCGUCAGAAGAAAAACGCAAAUCAAAAUCCAAAUUUUUUGAAGUACAUUGGUUUCACAAACCUAAAAAAUUCUUUAAAGUUUCGAAGUGCUGAUGGUUUAUUUGGUUAACUGCUUUACUGAUAGAAAUGAUAGAUUUCAUUCUGAAGAUAGAAAUGAUAGAUUUCAUUCUGAAGAGUUUGGAUUUGUUCUUGAUCUCUGUCACUGAAUUAAUUUAUAAUUUCUGUCUAGCUUACUUUGCACCUUUCGAUAACCACUGUCAGUGUGGCAUCUUGAUUAAAAGUUACAUUUUGAUAGCAAUUAUUUUCGCUAGCUUUUAAUUUUAGCUCUUUAUUUUAAGCAAAGUUUUGACAUUUAAAUUGAUGCCUGAUUUUUUUAAAUCCUUGUGAUACUCAACUUCUUAACACUGCAAGGGAGAACCCUCUCCAAUGUCUUGAACAUGCAUUAAAUAUUUGUCACUGGACAUAAAGCAAGCAACCAACAAUUAAUCAAACCUCUCCAAGGUCAAAAGCAAAGUGUGUAUUUUUCUGCUACAGUGUAUUUCUAAUGAAUGGUCUUUUAUAGAACUUAUUUGAAAUGCAAAAAUUCUGUGAUGAUAUUUAAGGCAAAACGAAAUGAAAGUAGUACAUUUUAUUGGAAAAAAAUUAUCUUAGACUGUAAGUCAUAAAGACAGAGGGGCCUCCUUGCAGUUGAAGGAAGAUUUCAAUUAGGUCAAUAUUCGUUGCAAUUUUAGUGCUGUUAUUAUCUAUGUUGUUAGUUGAGCUGUUUGUUGUUUGUUUGACAUUUUAUAGUUGAUCUUUUAAGCUUUUAAAGACUCUAAUUUAUGUAGUUACUUCUCUAGGUUUGUCUUUGUACACUGUAGGUUACUUUUUAAAAUUAUUUUUGAAUCAAACGAGGAGAAAAUCAGCUACUGUGAAAAAUGAUGUGAUGGCAGUGAAACUUGGAGAUUCAUCUUAUUUAUUUUUCUGUGGAACCUGUGUUAGUGCCAUAUGAACUGAUAUAAACUGCUUAAUGUAUCUUCUGAACAAAACCAAGAAAUAUUUAUUAUUGAAUACAAUACUCGAUUUCUCAACAGAACAUGUGGUAUUUUCAUAAUCAAUUGAAUGUUUAUAGUUAAAACAUUUCUAUAUUCAUGUAUUUAAUCUUAAUCAUUAUAACUCUCUAAGAACAUUUUUUUAAAGUGAUUAAUUCUUUAUAUUUUUCUUAUAUUCUUGCCAAAAAAAAAGCAUUUAUUUAUUAAAUAUUACAUUGUAUUAAAAUUAUAUUGAAAUAAAAUAACUUUUAUUUAAUAGAAUCAUCAUUUUUAUCUAAACCAAAGAAUGAUAUUUAUAUUUAAACGAUAAAAGCAAGACUGUGAUUAGAUAUAUUAUGAAAUGUUGUCAUGACAAUGUUAUUUCUCUGGUCCAAUCAAUGUGGAUCUUACUUUGUAAUUCAUGGUGCUACAAAUGUUUUAAUAUUGUCUACAGAAGAGUGAUCAUAUCAUAUUGAAUAUAAAUUAAAAUAUAAGAAUUUA